CCCCUCCCCUGCAGGACCCGUCCAGUGCUGAGGGUCACCACCAACUUGACCUUUGACCCUCCCGUGAUCUCAACCCGUGGGGUCCACUGUUCCGAUGUCACCAUUGUCACCAUUGUCACCCUCCAGCUCUGCCUGCACCGCCCAGGUGACCUGCUGACCCCCGUGACCUUCCGGGUGGACGUCGACCCGCAGCGGGCACAAGGUCGGGGGGAUUUCGGGGAGGGGCAGCGGAGCUGGGACGGGGAGAUGCAGCCAGGGCUGAGCUGCCAGAGCAAGGAACUGAGGGUGCUGCCCUGCCUCGAGGACUUUGUCACCCCUAUCCGUGCCAGUGUCACCAUCGCGCUGCCCGACACGGACCCCCCAGGGCCCAUCCUGCCCCCCAGCACUGGCCCCACCUGGGUCGAGAUCCCCUUCGAGCAGAACUGUGGGGACGAUGAGGUGUGCGAAGCCGACUUGGGGGUCAGGGAGGUGCCGGGGGACGCAGCUGUUUUGGGGGUUCCCAGUGCCGAACUGAGGGUUCAGCUGAUUGUGGACAACAGGAGGGAAGAUGCUUAUAAGGCGGCCCUACAAGUGCAGCACCCCCCAGGGGUCUCCUAUCGGUGGGCCCGGGCCAGCCAGGCCUCUGCCCCGGUGCCCAUCACCUGCUGGGACGCCCAGGGCGCCGAGGGGCAGCCGUGGGGCCUCUCCUGCAACCUCAGCUACCCCAUCCUCCGUGCUGGCUGGCAGGUAAUGGUGGAGGUGACCUUUGACCUCCAGCAAAAUGCCACGUGGGAGAAAUCCGUGGGGCUGAUGGCGACUGUGAGCAGCGAGAACGAGCCCAACAUCACCCUUGGGGACAACACAAAAUCCUGGGAUGUCCCCGUCCACUUUGUCCUCAACCUCGUGGCCUCCUGGCAAGAAGACUCCACCCCCCACCUCAACUUCACCCCCCCCCCAGCCCCACAACAAGACACUGCGGCACCACUAUCGGGUGGAGCUUCUCAGCGCCCCCACCCCGGGCAGCCCCAAAACGCAGGUGACGCCCUUUGUCCUCCUGCCCCAAGUGCUGCCCCACGGCGUGGCCGUGGCUGCCCUCCAAGUGCAAGUGGUAAGUGGGGGGCUCUGCCCCAUAGGGUGCCCCUCUGA